AUGUGGAUAUUGACAAGAAGUUCAAUAAGUCAUCUGCUAGUGCUCAUGGGUUUCCUUGCUCAAUUUGCAUGGGGGUUUCCUGCAUUAAAUCCUCCAGGGUUCAGAUCGAUCAUCGUCCAGUCUCCAGCAGAAGCGGAAUGCUUUAAGAUAGGAUCAACGCAUUUAAUAAGGUGGAAGAGUACUUUGCCCCCUGAUACUGAGGUUGUGAUUGAGAUAUUGGCUUCGCCGAGAUAUGAAUUAGAACCCCCUGAAAUGGUUUGGAGAACAACUGCUGUUAGUAUUUCUCAUUUCCUCAUCACAAACUAUGAAUAA